UGCUCCACAGAUUUCGCCAUUUUUUUGGACACCUUUCCAAAAGCCUAUAUAUAAAGGUCUGUGGUCUAUAUAAAGUCAUAUGAGCAAACCUUGACUUCAUAAUCACCUUGUAAUAGAUUUUUUGUUGGAUAUCAUAUCAGUGCAACUGGGAACAUAUGUAAUCAACAGUUUCUCUUCACAGUGCUACAGCCAGGUUUAUAAACGGUCGUACCUAUAGGUAUGACUUAUUUAUUUUUAUUGAAUUGAAAACCUUCAUAUUGAUGAAAUGUUUGUUUUCAAAUUUCAGGAUUUUAGAUGUUGGAAGAGGAGGUACAAAAUGCUCUGAACAUAAUGAUAGGUCUUUAUGCAAAUCAUGGAGUUCUUCAGGAUAUUCCAAAUCAUUCAGAUUGUCACAAGUAACUUUAUGUUCAUCAAGAGAUCUAUCAAAUUUAAAGUGACACAAACACCUGUCACAACAUAAUUAUCAGACUCUAAUCCAUACUCAUUGGUACCUAAACCGUUCAUUUUCUCAAAUUUUGGAAUUUCCUCAAGAGUAAUUGGAAACUUGAUAUCAUUAUAUUUGAGUUCUGAACCAUCAAGCUGAGGAUAAGACCUGGUUCUACUUGCAUUUUUUUCAACCACGUGAAGAGCUGCUAUUACUGACCAGAGAAAAUAAUACAAGUGUUCAUUUUUAAUCUUAACCACAGCUUUUUUCUCUCUAUAAAAUCAGGUUGCUGAUCUAUAUAAAAGGUCAUAUGGGACAAAAAAACUCACUGACAUUGUAAUUGUUGGUGCAGCAAGAACUCCAAUUGGAAGUUUUCUAGGGCCAUUAUCUUCAUUUUCUGCGACAAAACUUGGAGCUGUGGCGAUUCAAGUCUUCCAGAGUCAACUGUUUGUACUACUAUUAAUAAAGUGUGUGCUAGUGGUAUGAAGAGUGUAAUGCUUGCUGCUCAAGCUUUGCAAUGCGGUCAGAGGCACGUGAUAAUCGCAGGAGGUAUGGAAUCGAUGUCUAAUGUACCAUUUUAUUUGAAGAGAGGUACUCCUACGUAUGGUAAAACAAUUCUGGAUGAUGGAAUCGUACAUGAUGCUCUCACUGAUGUUUAUAAUAUGUGUCACAUGGGUAAUUGUGCAGAAAACACAGCAAAAAAAUUUGGAAUCACACGAAAGGAACAAGACGAUUAUGCUAUAAGUAGCUAUAAAAGAAGCGCAGCAGCUUACGAAAAUAAAGUGUUUAAUAACGAACUCAUUACUAUCAAUGUACUACAAAAACAAGGAAAGUUUGCAAUUGCUAUUAAUGAAGAUGAAGAACAUAAGAAAGUAAAUUUUGAUAAGUUUCAUCAUUUACCUACAGUUUUCCAGAAAGAUCACGGAACAAUUACAGCUGGUAAUGCCUCAACAUUGAGCGAUGGAGCUGCUGCUAUAGCUUUAUGUACUAGCAAGUUUGCCCAGCAAGAAAGGCUUAAACCACUUGCAAAAAUACUAGCUUUUGAAGACGCUGCAAUUGCUCCAAUUGAUUUUCCAACAGCUCCUGCACUAGCCAUUUUUAAGCUUUUACAAAAUGCUGGAAUUAAUAAAUCUGACAUUGCACUUUGGGAAAUUAAUGAGGCCUUUAGUGUCGUUGCUAUUGUAAAUCAAAAGCUCCUAGACAUUGAUCCUAAUAAAUUAAAUGUCCACGGCGGUGCAGUCUCACUUGGACAUCCUAUAGGAAUGUCUGGGACUCGUCUGAUUGUCCAUUUGGUUCAUGCUUUGAAGACUGGUGAAAAAGGAAUUGCAUCGAUUUGUAAUGGCGGCGGCGGGGCAUCUUCCAUUUUAAUUGAAAAAAUAUAAAAAAAUCGUCACUUAUAGAUUGAGCCGUGCACAACAAGAGAAGAAUGGGCUAUAAUAAAAAUAGUUAUUUCCGGUUCCAAUCCUACACAAAACUACACAUUUUGGCUUACUUUUCGUGCACAUUGCAGUUCGCUUCAUCAGGGCUAACCUGAAACUGAGGUACCACGUUAUGUUGUUCUUUUAUAUUCUCUUGACGAUGUCUGUGAUUGGCCAGAGCGCCCCACCUUGGAUACUGGUCGAACCUGAUUGGCCAAAGAAGUUUGUUUUUUAAUCUGUGAGGACGAAAAGCCAAAUUAGAUUGGUAUUAUAUCCAUUGCACCUAUUGAUGCUAUUAGGGUGUCUUAAGAUUUCGAUUGCUUCUUUAUUUUUUCUUGGAAAAAGUUGUGUUUUGGCGGUACCGUUUCGAUAUGAUGCUCAGUUAGAGCCGAUUGCGUGCACUGCUUCAGCCUAAUUUUAGUCUCAUUUUUCUUUAUAUCAGCCCCAUGCCAUUUUUCUGGAGGCCCGUGGAAAAUAUUUGUCAUGAGAGUUGACGAUCGCCGUGUGGCGGCGCCAGCUAUGCAGUUGGCCUAGCAUUCAAAUAAUGCACAGCGAAAAUGUUAAAAAAACUGUUUGUUAAAUAAAUAUAAUGUCCUGAUAGUUCUGGUUGAAAGAUAAUAAUCUUUAGGAUUUUUUUGAAUCUUACCAAUUAAGAAUGAUUUUCGAAAAUCGUAACAUUCACUGCUUUUAAACGUAAAUCUCAGUGUAUUCCUACGAACCACAACAAAUUAUUAUUCAUGCGCAAUUAAAUUAGACAUAUGAUUAUGUGUAAUUUCUAAGUAUUUGAAAAGAAAAUAGUAUAAAUUUUAUAUUAUUU